AGUUCGGAGAAGAGGAGUAGGAACUAAGUACAUGGGGAGCACUUCUCUUAGCUCCCCAAUAUCUAUCCUUGCCUCGCCCUCUAGCCUGGUCCCAGGUCCCCUCUCUGCCCCUGCAACCUUCUCCUGGGGCAAACAAUCUCCCAUCCCACACAGAGUAACCACCCCUUCCCCCUUCCUCCUCUCACCUGGACAGGAACAUUACCCCCCUGCCCUAGCCAGCUCCCCCCUUAUACACACCCCUGAUCCCCUUCCUCGACAGUUUCUUCAAGGCGAGGGUAAGGGACCUGCCCUGUCCCUAGGUAGUGAGGUACCUAAGCCGUGUAUACCUGUAGGUAUAGCGGUUGCAAGACAAAGAACCUCUGAAACCAUCCAUCCUACUCCGCCUAGUUCUAAACAACCCGGAGUACAAGUUGAACCCUGGAAUAUACCUAAUAUACCUAGUUUACCUGUCCUACCUUCUCAUCAACUAAUUCAUCCUCUACCUUUACCAGACUUCUUUACAAAUCAGCCAAUGCAAGGGGCGUACCUAGGAGGUGGAGGAGGAGGGGGCGGAGGGUUCUGGAACCCCUACUCAUCAUAUGCAUACCCCUACCUUCUACCCUCAUCUCUCUCACACUACCAACAUUAUCAAAACCAACUUCUACUUCUUCAACAAACAGCCCAGAGUGGAUUGUUUCUAAGUGGUGACAGCAAACCUCUGAUUUAUCCUCAAUAUGAUCCAUUCCGUCCUCUUCCCCCUCUUAGUCCUAAACUUGAGGACAAAACUGAAGGAGAGGACAGGAGACAGGAAAGGAAGGACAAGGAAAAACGGGAGGGAGUGGAAGAUGAAGUCAAGAUCAUUUCAAGUCAUUCAUUUACUAGGGAUGACUCAGGACUAGGAUACUCAGAUAUCUCCAGGACGGAUAUUGGAGUCCAGGACUACUCUAUUAGAUCCAGAGACUACUCCAGUAGAUUUAGAGACUACACGGAUCGGUCCAGGAACUUCUCGGGACUACAAGACUACCAGGAAAGGUCCAGGUUGGACUACUCCAGCCAGAGGGACAGCGUAGAGUCUGCAGUAGACUACAGGACUACAGGAGUAGAGUAUUCAAAUCUACCCAGAGACUACUCUAGGAAGGGAAGGGAAGAAGAUAACAUAUCAGUUGGUUCCGUGGAUCAUCCUGACCAACCUUCUCAUCCAAUCCUGGGCGUCCAACCGAAACAAGGAUUAUCCAUCCAAUCUGAUCCCGCUAAACCAACCAACCAGACCAAUCCGGAAUCCCUAAAACAUGUACAAUCUGUGAUAGAACCUUUGGCCAAACUGACCAAGGAGCAAGAAAUUUUAUCUGGUGAACCCGAACCUGAACCCAAAUCUGAACCUGAACCUGAAUCUAAAUCUGAACUUAUCAUUACUCCUGAACCCGGAGCCAGAGCUGAACCUGAACCUGCAUCUCUCCCGUAUACAAACUGGAAUCAGUGUCCGGGGUUUAUCCGACCUAAAUCUGGUCAAACCAAAACCAAAGCUGAGCUUAAACAAGUCCCUCUCAUCACUACAAACCCUGACGAAUCCUUGGUUAAAUUCGAGAAUAUGGAAGAACGACGAUGGUCGUUGAACGGACUUGAUUUACUCACCGCUGGGAUAGAUAGAUUAGAGGAGAGACGAGUGAGUCAAGAAACCACCCUGGUUAAAUCUGAUCCCUUGGUAAAACAGGAAUCUGGAGAAAACCAGGAAGAGAAGGAGGAAACCUUGAACCUAGCGGAGCAACUUAUUAACUUUGCUAGUAGACCAUGGACCUAUAGCCCAGGACGGGUUCACCGUCACGCUAGCGUAGACUCUAUACCUCAGAGGAAGGGUCAGCUUGGUCUUUUAUGUGAUGUAGCCAGCCAGCAGAUACAAAUGGACACAUUAAGUCCAGGACAUUCCAGGUAUAGUCUCUUUAAUAUCCAACCAUAUCUUUAA